AUGGAUGACCAGAGAUGGCUAGGGCUGGCUUUCGCCUUCAUGGCUGCCUUUUUUACGGGAUCUUACCAGGUGCCAAGGAAGCUCCCUUCGCUGCACAAGCUGGGCCCUUCGCUAAAGGAACAAAUUUAUGUUUUCUACGUAUCCCUGGGCUUUUGUGUGGCAUGCGCGCUUUCCCUCGUGUUGCUGCCGUACAAUAAAGCUUUGAUGAACAGCCCGCUGGUCGGAACGCACUUCAUCUUCACGUGGUGGGGGGCCCUCUCAGGAACCUUGGUUCUAGUCGCGCUGUCGGUAGGCUUCUUGGCGAUUUCCCGCCUUGGAAUCGCCCUGAAUGCCGCCUGCUCCAUGGGGGCAGCGGCAGUGACUUCUUUUCUAUGGGGAAUUUGGGUAAAUAACGACAAAGUUUCUCUCCUUUGGGUCGACGGUCUCGCCGUUGCGCUCAUUGUUGGUGGUGGAGCCAUCGCUGCUCUGUUCAAGGAAGCAGGCAAUACGGCAGCUGCCCUUCAGAGGCUUGUGACGCACGGUAAGCAAGGCAAUCGUCUAGCUUUUCUUUCACUGGCUGCGACUGGUCCCGUGGGCAUUGAGCCUUGCUGCUGCCGCUGCUGCUCCGCAGACACGCUUCCCCCCCGUCGCUGGAGCUCGUUGAAUAUAACGCCCUCUACAGCCGCGACAGAGGACGCCGCCCUUGCAGAUCCAUCCCCCUCCAUGGAAGGGCCUCUCCUGGACGAUGAAUCCGUGCACUCCGAAGCGCAUGUCUCCACGAAUCUGUUCAGUGGGGCAAACUCGAAGCCUCCCAAGCGCAGGGGCCCUCCGUCGAGCGUCGCGUCGCCUCUGCUUCGCGUCAGCAGCGACAGCGCCGCCUUGAACUCCCCAGCUGGAGGGGCAGGCUCCACGUGGACCUCGCCAGCACUCCUAGCGGAAGGAGCCUCCGCUCUGUUGGCAGGGGAAGGAGCCCCCGCUGACUACCCUGCAAGUGCCUCUGGCGCACUCGAAGGCGUCGAAGCCCUCAGCUCCUUGGACAGAGCAGCUGCAACGCUGGCGUCACUCCUCUCGGGUGUUGUGGGUGGCAUGUCACUCGGCCCCAUGUCCUUUGUGUUGCCUGAAGCUAAGGGAUUAGCGUUCCUCCCCAGCUUUGGCAUUGGCCUCUUCACUGCCAACAUCGUGGCGCUAUGCAUCUUCGUUCUCAUUCGUCGGCUGAGGGGCCUGAGAGCCCCUCAGUUUCACUGCCGACGAGCUCUGCUCCCUGGCCUUCUCUCUGGAGUCCUCUAUUCUUGCUCUGCCGUCUGCGUAAUCCUUGCGAUACCGCGAAUUUCCUUCUCCGUCGCAUACCCAACAAAACAGAGCGCUAUCAUCUUCUCUGGCCUUUGGGGAAUCUGCUUCUAUGGCGAGCUUCGGGGCCGCUCGAUUCUGGUUUUUGUUAUUGGCGCCAUAUGUAUUUUGGCAGGUGCCGCUCUCCUGUCCACCUAUACAUACCCAUCAAGGCUUACUAUUCCUGAGGCACAUCACAUGUCGCCCUAA